GACAGUAAUCCACUGUUUUAUAUUUUGUCAUAAGCAUAACAAUACUGGCCUCUGCUGAAAUAAUAAACAUUAACAAAUGACACUCUCCUGGUGUUUUCACACUUUAUUCAUCAGCAGAUGGACUUUGUUGACUUGAUAUAGAACAUAUCUAUGGUCCAAUCUACAUAUCACUGUAGCUAUGGUGAAUUAUCAAAUUAUAUUAUGUGAACUAAAACAUAUAUUAUGUGAACUAAAACAUAGACCUGUCUGUAAAUGGCACAUGAUAGAGUGAGUAUAGUUGACAUGUAGCAUGCUGCCCUCUAAUGGACUGUAAUGCAAACUGUGCCACAGUGUUACUUUUUGGGUGUCACUACCGCAUAAUUGAAAAAAAUGUUUCUUGCCUCCCUCAGAAGGACAUCAUCAGACCAUGAAUUACUGCUCUUGUAUAAGCAAGCCACACUGAAGUUCUGAUGUUAAAUGAGUACUGUGAAGACUUGGUAGUGAAGUGUUUUGCAUUAAAUAACAGGUUCCGUCUGACAUGCAAAUGGUUGUGACUUCCCACAAGAGGAAAUGAUAUAUAAGAUGUAUCCAGGAACCAGAUCAUUCUCUAGAGAGUGGAACAAAGGUGUGUUUACCCCUGUGUAUCCACAAUGUUCUUUUUAAAGGUAUUUGUCAGUUUCCUUAGUGUAUUUUGCCUCGGUUCAGGGGAGAAUGCCCUGCAUGCAAACUCACCAGGGGACAUAAUCAUUGGGGGACUUUUUCCCAUCCACAAACAAACCAAUAGGAGCACGACACAUGGACCUCUCUCCUGUAGUUGGUAUGAUUUGCGAGGGUUCCUGCAAUCUCAAGUGAUGAUAUAUGCUCUCAGAGAAAUAAACCAGCGCUCACCAAGGGCUUUACCCAACUUCACUCUUGGAUAUGACAUCUAUGACACUUGUGGAGAUGUCAGCCUCGCUAUACGAGCGACGCUCCAGCUGCUGAAGAAUCAGUCAGACCCUCAAAUGUGUUUAGUACCUGAAAACUUUCAGUCUGUUUUGUCUGAGCCCAAAACAAAGGCAGUGAUUGGUGAAAGGUACUCUGAAGUGUCAAUAGCUGUUGCACGAGUUGUUGCUCUGUCAUCAGUUGCUCAGAUUAGCCAUGGAUCGACUAGUGAGCAUCUGAGUACAAAGUUGAAGUUCCCCUCUUUUUUGCGAACAAUAUCCAGUGAUGAACAUCAGACAAAGGCAAUUGCUGAGCUGGUGAGGAAGUUCAACUGGAGAGCAGUAGCCAUUGUGGGAAGUGAUGAUGAGUACGGGAAGUAUGGCAGUGAUCGCCUCGUGGACAACCUCAGUGGAAUGAAGAACAUCUGCAUUGAAUUCAUCAACAUCCUGCCAGGUUACUUCUCAAAGAAUACUUCCCAAGCCCACACGAGACUGACUGAAUUGGUGAAAAAUAUCAAUAAUUCCAUUGCCGAGGCUAUCAUCAUGUUCACCAAAGACACCAAUGUUAAUGUCAUCAUGGAAGCAGCAAUUAAACACAACCUAAACCGAACCUGGAUUGCAAGUGAUGCAUGGUCCACCUCUUCAGUGGUCUCCACACUGCCUGGCAUUGAGAAAGCUGGAGAGGUUUUUGGAUUCAUCUCCAAGAGGAAUGAGGUGCCUAAGUUUAGAGACUAUGUCCUGUCAGCAUUCAAUGGAACCACUAAUGACAUUCUGGAUCAUCACCUGAUUCUUUAUCCACUUUGUUCAAAUCAGUCUGAUGAGAACAGAGAAAGUAACUGCUCCCUAGCUGACAGCAGUCAGGGGUCCAAACAAUGUCUGGACCUAAGCUGCUUGGCUAAGUACAUUGACCAGGAUGAAUCAUACAAUAUCUACUUAGCUGUUCAAGUCAUUGUUGAAGGUCUCAGACACUUGCUCAAGUGUGACAAACACACAUGUAAACGUGGCAACCAGUUUACAGCUUCUGAGCUUCUUACGGAAAUCAAGAAAGUAAACUUCACGGUCAACACUACGCAUAUAUUUUUCGACUCUAAUGGAGACCCCAGCUUAGGAUAUGAUAUUUUGUACUGGAACAUGACUGAAUCCAAACAGGGCACGAGCAUACAAACUAUUGGAGAAUACUGGCCAAAUGGAAACAUUGAAAUCCCAGAGGAUCUUGUUAGUAAUAAGAGUACACAGAUGGUAACUGCUUACAACUGCUCAAAAACAUGUAAACCUGGCCAGAUGUUGAAGCAGCAAAGCAAACAGUGCUGUCACGAUUGUGUUCCAUGUGCAGAAGGAGAGUUUUCUACAGGAAAUGGUGACAAGUGUGAAUCCUGUGGGGAAAUGAAGUAUUCAUCUCCACAGAGGAAUAUGUGUUUUGAGAAAACCCUUGAAUUCCUGGACUGGUCAGAUCCCUUCAUUAUCAUUUUAAGUUGCCUGCAAGUCUUGGGAAUAAUUACCACCAUUGUGUUUGCUAUUUUGUUUGCAAUCUAUCGUAGAACUCCAGUCGUGAAGGCUGUUGGAGGUUACUUGUGUUUCUUGGAGCUUUUUUCCUUGCUGGUCUGUUUCUGCCUUGCAUUUAGCUUUGUAGGAAAACCCACUGUAGCUUCCUGCAUGGUAGGCCUACCUGUCUUUGGCAUUGCCUUUUCCCUCUGCAUCUCUUGCAUUCUGGCUAACCUGCUCCAAAUCUUAGUGGGCUUCAACUUUGACCGGAAGAUAAGGUUGUGGAUAAAGAAGCUCAAUCAGCCAGCAGCUGUGGUGAUCAUUGUCUCUGGGAUCCAGUUGUCUCUGUGUGUGCCAUGGAUGUGCUUUUACCCUCCAUUUCCUUCUGAAAGAACAUUGAACACGACUAUCCUGCUGCACUGUCACAAAGGCUCAGACAAGCUCUUCAUUGCCAUGUUAGUCUACAAUGCUUUCUGGGCCCUUAGUUGUUUCCUGUUUGCAUUCAAAGGUAAACAGUUGCCAGACUUGUACAAAAAUGCCAGUUUAAUCACCACCAGCAUGAUGCUUUUUUUAAUCAUUUGGAUCCUCUUCAUUCCAAUUUAUAUCAGUUUGUUUGGGAGUUACAAACAAGCAAUUGAGAUUGCAGCCAUCCUCAUUUCUAGCUACAGCAUCCUCUGCUGUCACUUGGCCCCAAAGUUUUACAUUAUAAUAUUCAGGAAAGAGAUUAAUAAUGAGAAUGCCAUUACUGAGUACAUCAGGAAGCAUUUUGAGCAGAAAAACUUGACUGUGGUGACAUCAUAAGCCCCUUUUUACAGACAGAUCACACAAUACUGCCAUAAAGAUGAGCCUUUGCCAUGCCUGUUUUGUUUUUUUUACACUAACCCAAAGAACAGCAGGAUGUUGCUGUGUGAUAUUAGAUAGCGUGUGAGGAAAAUAGGCAUGACAUGUAACACCACAGUGUUGGCUGUUUUACCUGAUGUAGACUGUUGGUAUAAGCUUGCCACUGGGUGCAUAUUUCAGGCAGCAUUCAUUUCCCUCUUUUAUCUGUGCGUGACUGCAAAACAACAUUCAUAAGGGGAGGUGUGAACCAUGGGCUUGGCACAAGAAAAAGAAAUAUUGCAUGUAAAUUACUGAGCUUUAGUUAGGCUGGUAGGCAGUCUUUGUUGCCCUUGGCAGAACCUAGCUUGCUGAUUCUAAAAUUCCAAAGUGAGCUAACUGGCUGCCUUUGUAUUUAACAGAGGGUGUGUUCCAAAACGCACAAGUUUUCUCUUUACUUUUAGUACAUAUUGUAGCUGCCCUUUUAAUGUACAUACAUGUUGCAUACAUUAUGCAUACAACUGGGACAUACUACAUCCUCAUGACAGUGUACUGUUAAGAUUUAUGCUUAUUUAACAGUACCUUGAACUUUUACUCUCUUGCUUCUACAUACAUCGAAUCCUUUACCCAACAUUUGGGAGAACAAAGAAAAGAAUAUAACCGCAAGUGGCAAUCUGCGGCUUCUAACCUCUUCUUUUGCCCCAAAGCGGCCACCCUGACCCUCAUCCCCCGCAGUUGAUGACAUCGGCCACCAUGUUCCUCAAAGAUCUGUGCAAAACAUACCCAUGAUGAGCCCCAGAUUUCUCCAAAUUGUUUUUUCAGCUACAUGCUACAUGCACUAAUUUAUAGCGCCCCCUAUAGAUUGAGCUCAACAUGCUUUGGUAGGCAGAUUCCCAGUCCCGUUGUCAACCUAUCCACCAGGUUAGGGUUAGACCACAAAACAAUAAUAAUAAUAAUAAACCGGCACAAUUUUAAAAUGGUUCUACCCCUUCGGGGUUAGAACCCUAAUAAUAAUAAACUGGCAUAAUUUUAGAAGGAUUCUACUCCUUCAGCAUUAGAACGCUAAUAAUGAGCCUUGAAUGCGUAGUCACGUCUAAUUGUUGCAUCUGUCAUUCUGUCAUAUGAGCUGUCAUCUGACAGAGAGAGAUCAAAUGGUUGGAUCCUUUUAGCUUUGUUUAUAUUUUAGUUAGACACACUGGAACACAUGUGAUGUGUUCUGUUGCGCAGAAUACUGUGGGUCAGAAAAAUGCUGUCUUGUCACAGGACAUGAACAGUAGUUUUUGCUAUUUGUACCAUGCCUAGAAGUUCUAACAGUUGUGUUGUUAAAUUAGUCUUUACUGCUGUUACUACCACUGGUAAUAAAUCAUGAGAUGUUUUAGAAA